GCGCAUCAUGUUUUGUGCAAUAAUCAGUACCAAGCAAUUACAGUUUAUUUGGAAAAUCAUAGUGAGGAUGUUCUCCUGCCAAGUCGCGUUUGUCCUGCUGGCGGCCGUUUGUGCGGUUCUCGGUGCCCCACAGAACAAGGAACCAGUGCCGAUCAUUUCGCAGGAGAGCGACAUUCAACCGGACGGGACCUUCAAGUGGUCCUUUGAGUCAGGCGAUGGCACCAAAGCGGAGCAGAGUGGCCAGCCCAAACAGGUUGAACAGGAGACUCCUCUGGUCUACCAAGGCUCAGCUUCCUGGACUGAUAAUGAGGGAACCCAACAUCAGCUCACUUACAUAGCGGAUGAGAACGGAUAUCAGCCCCAAAGCCCCGACAUUCCGGUGGCUCCGGAAAUUCCCGCAGCUAUCCAGAGAGCGCUGGAGUACAACGCCGCUCAUCCAGAACAGGACGGGGAAAAGUAGACCAAUAUCUGCACCUUGAAUUACCACCCAUCUAACAUAUCUAAAGGCUGUUUGUGACGUGUGUUGUGUUAAUAUAUGGAGUUUUUUAAA